AUGGAUUCGGUCGAAGAGGCGGUUUCGAUUUUUUUCGUUUUCGCCGUUUUCAUUUCUUCUGCUUUUGCUCAAUUCGGUUCGGCUCUUUAUGGAGCAACUUUUCCAUCGGGUUUCGUGAGUCCAUUUUCAGAUUUUGGCUCAGCUUCGCCAUCAUCCUCAUCAUCAUCCCAAGGAUUUGGAAACAGUCCUUCUCCAACCAAUACAGGUCCCGUUAUAUUUCCUCCAGCUCCGGAAAGUCGGGAUACUAGUGGCGUAAUCGUCGGUGCUUCCGGUUAUGGUUUCGUACCGCCAGGUUCAAAAGGAUCAAGAGGAGCGGUUAUAAUUUGUGAAAGCGUAACGUACAAAACGUACAUAUAUGUACGUACAUAUGAAGCAACUAACCUUUCGAUGGGUUAA